GGUGCAGGGAGGACGCAGGGAGCGGGGCGGAAGGGGAGCCACCACCAGCCAGCCUCAGCAGCCUUUACGGGACCGUGUUUGGUGACGUCACGGUUACGUCAGAGUUGGCUCCGCCCCUUCCCGUUAGCUGUGAUGCCCAGCGCCCGUGUGACAGUCGGGUGUGGGGGCCGGAGCUGAGAGGGUCGUGCGGUCGUGAAGGAAUGUGACCCAGCCCACGCCUACCUUCACUGCUCCCUCUGGCGUCCUCCCAGUGUGCGAGUGUUGUGCUGCGUGUGUACAGUAAAGUGCUGAGGACGUCCCCGCGGCGUGUCACGUGCGUGUAACCGUGUACGAGGAAAUUUGCGUCACCCAUCAUCUCCCGAGUGUUGGAAUGUGGUAGGGAGCGACGCCAGUGCCCAGGUGUGCCUCGUGCUGCUGUGUGUCCGUGCCUACCUGUGCUGCUUACCGCCACCCCUCACCACAGACUCACUCAGCGAAGGGAGGACCAGCGACGAGGAGGAGGAGGAAGAGGUCAAGGCGUGUGUGCUGAGCGGGGACGCCUCCAUCCAUCUACCUCCUCCUACGUCAAGAGUUAGCUGAGGCACGGGCGCUGGCAUCCCCCUCAGCAGCAGCCAGCAGGAGUAGGCGGCGGGUCGCGUGAUGGCCCGCGGCACCUCCAGCAGGACAGCACACUAGCGGCGUCGAGGUAAGACUGAGACGCCCCAGCAGCUCAUGAUGCCGGCGAACGUGCGGCCCGGGGGCUCCGCGGCCUCCCAGAAGCCCCCACACGCCGUGCCCACCAGAGCUAUGUCCCUCGACUCCCUGCACGAGAAAAAGUCAACUGUCAACCUGGACCAGAAGAUCCAGGAGUACCUCCCCACCAGGGUAUCCCGUGCGGUGCCCAAGAUCAACCAUGCUGCCAUGCAGUUUGUCAAGGUAAAUACGGGGCCGGCCGGCCUUUACAAGUCAGCCGCCGAGCAGCUUAAGAAAGCUGAAGAAGUAAAGGAGUUGAGAAAAACUAUGGUCAACGAGGAAACAGAAUGGCAAGAGCAGCCCUCCUCCUCAUCCAGCAAGGGCGCAUUAGAUGAAGGCUCUGAUUGGCAGUCGAAUCUGGACAAGUGGAAAAGCUCGCGGCGGAAGCGUCUCCAGACCACCGUGGACUCCAUCAUCCAGAUCAAGAAGAAUGAGGAGGAAGAGGAGCUGAGCCGCAUGCGCAAAAAGAGCAAGACCUUCAGCCAGAUACAGGAGGACAAGACCAAGAGAGGCCGCAAGUACAACCUGACAGUUCACAACGAUGAUGACAAUGACCUCAGUAGCCUCGGCCUCAGUCCCAGCAAGAGCAAUGGCUCCAUCGCCGACACACAGGAGGACCAGGAUGCCAAGGAUCUUGACCAGGACAACAAGGACGCCAAAAGUGAUGCUGGCUUCUGCACCGGCUCGGACACUGGCAGCGACGGAGUGUUUGCCGAGGACAACAUCAGCGACACCUCCUCUGCCCUGGGGGACAAGAAGGAGGCACAUGACUCCCUCCUGGACACUGGAGGCUCCAAAGAUGAAGAGCCUCACCUCAAUGGCCACAGCUCAAGCCUUAUCAGUGAAUCGUUCACCUCCACCACCACCACCAUCUCCUCCUCCCACACAGCAGAGUACACCUAUGACAAGGCCAUAGCAGGCUACAAGCAGUAUGCAGAAAACAGUGCCAAAAAGAGAACCUCCAGCAUCACAAGCCUGAACAGCAAUGCCAGCCAAAAGGAGGAAGACAAGAAGGAGAAACUACGUGUAAAUGGCCGCUCACCCAGCCCCAGCAAGGGUUCAAAGCUUGAGGAGAAAGUAAGCUUCUUUUCAAAGGAAAUGGAAAAAGAAAACAGAGUCAGUCCAGAACCUAAAGUUGUAUUGAGGGAAAAAUCACCCAAGGUCAACAUUAGUCAGAGGCGAUCAAUGUUCGAGAAUGUUGACUUAUCGACAGUACAGACUGAUCGCCAACAGAAGCAGAUGAACAGAAGGUCUCUUGAUAUAAAAAGCAAGGUGGCAUCCUUUGAAAACCUGGAGUCAGAGCCUCCGGCCAGAGUGCGGUCGACCACUCCAAGUCGGGAGACAAACUUGAGAUCAAAGGUGUCUUCAUUUGAAAACCUGACCGUGGAGACCAACAAAGUGCGCGGAAUAACUCCACCAAGAGAUGCAAACUUCCACGUCAAAUUAGCAACAUUUACUUCUCCAGAUUCUGACUCUGUUGCCAUUAAAAAGCGAACACCUGAGAGAGAUGCAAAUUUCCACAAAAAACUUGCAUCAUUUACUGCUUUUGAAACCGAAGAAACAUCUCGGGAGCAAAAGAUAGUCCCUCAGAGAGACCCAUCUUUGAAGAAGAAGAUAGCAUCAUAUGAGCAGCUUGAACAGGCAGCAGAACCUCGCUCUCUAAAUUCUCGGGAAGAAUCAAUGAAGAGUAAAGACAGAUCAGUGAGUUUGGAAAAUCUGGACGAACCACCGGUGAACGUAAAGAUGCGGCCAGCUCGCUCCAUGAUGAACAUUACAAGACGCACCCCAUCCACACCUUAUAUGGAAGUUGAGUUGGAAAGUUCUAGAUCAGAAAAGGAGUGUGUGGUGGAAGCACAGCCAGUGGUGAGUUGCAAGCAAGAUUCUACUAAUGUUCAGGGACCAACCAAACGCACUACUGUCUACGAAAUCUUUGAGAAGUGCCAAGUCAGUCGAGAUGUUGAAUCUGCUCCCUUGUAUUCUAUAUUCCAGUACCUCAGCCCAGAGGUGAAUGCUCAAGUUUUUGAGAUUGCUUCAAAGCUUGAGGAGACACCUCUCCUAGGCUCCCCCAUCAACAAGGCUCCCUCCUCCACGCUCGACCCCCCGACAGCCCUGGAGGAGGACUCCCUGGAGCUGGCAAAGGAGUACAGUGAUGCUGACAUCAAUGAGGUUAUAAAUGAUUAUGAACAAGUUGGUGAAAUGCUGGAGGAUUCCUCAGACCAUCCAGAAAACAUCUAUGAAAAUAUAACUGAUGAACCCACUUAUGAAAAUAUUUACGAGAAGGUUGAUGACGGUAAUCUUGAGAGCCAUGAGCCAGUAGAGGAGCACCAGUACCAGACCCUGGAGGAGGUAAGGAAGGAGGUGGUGCCUCCUCCUCCACCCCCAGCCAGGAUCCCUCCCCCAAAACCCAUGGAGCCACCAGAGGUGCUAGAUGUGACGUGGACGGAUGGCCCCUCCCAGGCGGCCCCUCCCUCGGAACCCCCUCCCCCUCCUCCCCCCGAUGACGAUUCUGACAGCGAUGCUUCUGAGCAGCCGCAGAGUCUGCCAGCGCAGGAGGAGGAUGGCUUUAAGCGAGAGAACUCCACUCGCCGAUUGAAGAAAGAGCUUUGGAGGCGCAGGUCAGACUUCUUGGGCACGUCCUCGCAGUACAUUGAAGAGCAAGCUGUGAAGCCUCCCCCGGACCUCAGUGACUUGCUGAGGCAGGAGCGUGAGGCAGAGCGCAGCCUGAUUGGCUCCAAGGUGGUCAAGACCACCACCCAGGAGACUCUGAGCGAACUGGAAAUUGCACGUCGAGAACGUGAGAUUAUAGAAAACUUGGAGCGUUCAGAACAAAUGAGGCAGCAACAGGAGCUGGAACAGCAGCAGUCAUGGGGAAGUCAGCGAGAGGAAGUGGGGGCCGGAGAGACAGAUGACCACUUGCAGUACCAGGAGGUUAUGAAUCCUCUGACUGCCUCUCAACUGGAAACAGGACCCAAGGUUGCUAAAGUAGUUCCUGUAACCUCAACUAACAACCCUGAGAACUCCUAUUCUGUCACUGAAACCUCAGAUGUAGAGCAUGGUGUUGACUGGGCUCAUGCAACUUUGAAAUCUACUAGUAGCAUUGAAGAAAGACACACUGAGGUCUUAGAUAAACGCAUAGCAAAUGUUCCAUCUGUGACACAAUUCAGGAUUGCAACUCAGACCUCAGAAGUGAAUGAAAGACGGCUGGUCACUGACCACUUAGUGGCCUCCAGCUCCACUUUGGACUACAGUACCAGCUCUGUUGCUUCUGGCUCACAGUCUGAUGAGUAUAAGAAACUUGCUGAGCUGGAAGAGGAAAUGAUGCGUCACGACAAGGACAUGCUGCGCCGUGCUGGUCACCUGCCAGACACACCACCGUCAUCAGCCAGCAGCCAGCUGGCAGACCCAUACGAAAACCAAAUUGGCUCAAUCAUCCCCCCGCCUGUUGACAGCUACAAGGUGCAGCGGCGGCAGCCACCUUCACAUCUCCCUCUCCAAGAGUUCUACACAGCCCCCACCUAUGAGUCCACUCCCCCACUGGAGGAGGACCUUGCACCCUCCAUGGAAGACAAGGGUGUUGGCCUUCCUGCUGGCUCUCCCUCACAGUAUACCACCCUGGCAUCCCCCCAUCCUUUCUCUCGCUCCAGCUCUCAUUCUUCUAUUGAAACAAACAAACAUGUGCCCCUUCAGGCAGCCAGGUCUACACCUUUGGCAUCACCGAGGGAGUCCAUCCCAGAGCCUCUACCACGCAAGAAUAAAGUGGUGACUCCUCCAGUUCCCAGCAAGACACAGAGAAUGUUGCCAGACUUAAACACAGCUGAGCGUCUUGAGGCUAUGAGGGUGAGCCGCAUGACUUCAAGUGAGUCCCUGAUGAGUAGUGGAGACCCCAUGGAGCCACAGGGAGGCUCAUCUGCACUCUCAGGUCAACAAAUGUCCAAGCAGACACUCCUGGCACUCUCAGCCAUACCCAAACCCAGACUCACAGAUAAUGAAAGUUGGAUUAAGAAGAAAGAGGGACAAAAGAGGGACUACAGCAAGCACUGGCUCCAUCAGGAAGCUGAGCAGAGGAGAUUGGAGCAACAAGACCGAAUCUCCCGCCCCAAACAAACCCCACCACUGCCCCAGCGAAGGUCCCCCCAGAGUGCAUCGCCACAGUUCCCUCCUCACCAGCACCCCUCGUCACACACCGCAAGUUACCAACCCACACAGAACACGUCACCCAUGUUUUCCCCACAAAGCCCCAAUCCUACCUACUCCAGUUACCCUCAGGCUUUGAGGAACCCAUCACCAAGCCGCAAUGCCAGUUCCAUUGCAAAUAACAUUAACAACAAUACCAGUAACAACACCAGUAGCAAUAACAGCAGCAGUGCCCCCAUUUCUCCACUCACCACCUCCACAUCCACAACCACCAACAACAACUCCAACAGCUGGAGAAAUCAGGCCACCACCUACCAGCCUCAUGUCCCUGCCCCAGCACCAGCAGCUAAUGGGGACAAGGCUCUCCCAGAGUCAAUAAUCAACAACCUCACUCAAAGAAUCAAUAACAAGAACACCAAGACCACAUACAACUCUUCUAGUGGAAGAGCGGGAAGCAACUUUACAAACAGUAAUUACCGUGAUGAGAACUAUCACGACUACAUGAAUGCCGAUGCCUUGAGCUCCCCCUCUGGCCCCAGCCCACUCUUCCAAGCAGGCCAGCCGUCACCUCCAUCCACUCAGCAGGCAGAAACCAACACCCAACAAGACCAGAGACUUCUUAGUGUCUCAGGGAAAAAGAAGUGCUCUCAUUGUUCUGAAGAGCUUGGCCGUGGGGCAGCCAUGAUCAUUGAAAGUCUGCGGCUGUUCUACCACAUCCCUUGCUUCAAGUGCUGCGUGUGCGGUAUCCAGCUUGGGAAUGGCUCUGCUGGUGCUGACGUGAGAGUAAGAAACCACAAACUGCACUGCCAUAAUUGCUACUCCAAUGAUGAAGGGAUGAAGUUCAGUAAAGUAUAGCAUCCCCCGGGGUGAGAGGCAGGAGGGAGUGCAGUGUUAUCUGGUGCCAAAAGCUUGAGGCGUGUCACCCACACACGACAUGUCACAACCAUUAUUUUGUACUAUUAUAAAAGUGUUGUUUUGAGUGUAAUUUAACAUAGAAUGCAUCUUAGUUGUAGCAACAGUAUAUAUUUUUUGUUAUUGUUUUUAUGUGGUUCAUGUAAUAUUCUGUGUUGAGUCUGACGGUGUUGUAUAUUUGUUGAAUAAUAACAAAUUAUGGUAUAUACAAGUACGACAAAGAUUUUUGUAAUGUAUACAAAGACUAAGUAAGAUCUAAGAUGCAUUAGGUCUUUCUGAGAGAUACACUUUCCUGGUACAUAGCUCUAUAUGUAGGCAGCUAGAAAUAAAUCCUACUUAACUUAUGUAUAAAAUUAUGCACAAUCAAAUAAAAUAAAGAUCAGUAAUCUUGUAAAAUAUAUAUAUUGUAUAUAUUAGCUAUAAUCAGUCACUAUAGGUAGGAUGACAGAAGUGAUUUUUUAAUAUAUAUAUAAUACAUAUUAAGGAUUCUUUAUAAAAGUAUCUUGUAUAUUCAAUGAAUGUAAGCUUGCAAUAAAGCAAGUUCUAUUAA